GAGGAGGAGGAGGAGGGAAGACUCAUGACGUCACGGGCUUCCUCGUCCAACACAUGACACGUUUCGAUUCAACUGUGAAACCUAGAAACGUUUACAGCGCCUGUUUUGAUCAUCAGGUGAUUGCAGCUUUGAUAUCAGACUCACAUGGGGUGGAUAAAGUGAUGAGCCCACCCUGCCCGGCCUGUGGGACCUGUAGAGUGCUGCGUGGGCAGGAAGAGCGGAGAGAAGUAGUAAAGGAUGGGAAAGAGGGUAUGGGGCCUCUGCCAGGGCGUCUCAACGGCUGUGCUUUAUGGCUCCCUGGCUCUGUUCGUCUCCAUUCUCCACAAUGUCUUCUUACUGUAUUAUGUGGAGACCUUUGUGUCUGUUUACAAGAUUGACAAGUUGUCGUUUUGGGUGGGAGAGACUGUGUUUCUGAUAUGGAAUAGCCUGAACGACCCUCUUUUUGGCUGGCUGAGUGACCGCUCAUUCCUGAGCUCUCCUCAGUCUGGGUCCCAGAUCACGUCCCCUGAGGUGGUCCUGAAGCGUCUGCAGGCACUCUCCCGUAGCGGGCCUCUCUUUGCCCUUUCGUUCCUUUCCUUCUGGGUUGCCUGGACCUGGCCUGGACUGCAGUUCCUCAUCUGCCUGUGCCUUUACGAUGGCUUCCUCACGGUGGUCGACCUCAACCACAACGCUCUCCUGGCCGACCUGGCCGUGUCAGCACAUGACCGCACACGCCUCAACUUCCACAGUUCUUUGUUCAGUGCGAUGGGUUCUCUGUCCGUCUUCCUGUCUUACUCCUUCUGGAACAAGGAAAACUUCUACUCCUUCAGACUCUUCUGCGUGGCUCUAGCCACUCUCUCAAUGCUAGGCUUUUUUGUGGUUUCACGUCUCCUGCGACAUCGGUUUCAGAACGAAGUCCAGCUACGCAAGAAUGAGAGCCAAGCACUCACUGAACUGAGUGUCGGUCUGGCUCCUUUUACCUCACCUGAGAAGCCAGUCACUCUUGGGAAAUAUCUAAAGCAGCUGUCAUACCACAAGAACUUUAUGUGGUUUGUUUCUAUGAACCUUGUACAGGUAUUCCACUGCCAUUUCAACAACAAUUUCUUUCCUCUAUUUUUGGAGCACCUCCUGUCAGACCAUAUCUCUGCCUCAACUGGAUCCUUCCUGCUAGGCAUUUCUUACAUUGCACCUCAUCUAAACAAUCUCUACUUUUUGACGCUGUGCCGAAGACUGGGUGUCUAUCAGGUUGUCCGCGGGCUCUUCCUCCUGAAGUUGGGUCUCAGUGUAGUCAUGCUCUUAGCCGGGGCGGACCACGUCUACCUGCUCUGCAUCUUUAUUGCUAGUAAUCGUGUCUUCACUGAGGGCACUUGUAAACUUCUGAACCUGGUGAUCACAGACUUAGUGGAUGAGGACUUUGUGUUGAACCGCCGACAACAAGCAGCUUCCGCCCUGCUCUUUGGGAUGGUUGCCUUGGUAACCAAGCCUGGCCAGACCUUUGCCCCUCUUAUUGGUACCUGGUUGCUGUGUCUCUACACAGGAUAUGACAUCUUUGAGAGGAACUCAGUAGCAGAAGUACCGAUUGCCGCUGCUGUGGUCCCUGUGCCACUGCGUCAGGGUUGUUUUUAUCUGCUGGUGUUUGUGCCCAUUUCCUGUGCCCUUCUGCAGCUGUUGGCCUGGUCUCGCUUCACUCUGCAUGGGCAAAGACUACAAAACAUCAAGACCCUAAGGCAAGGUGCCCAACACAGCCACCUUAUUGAUGUCAAGGCUAUCUAAUGUUCUUGUAUGCAUAGGAAGAGGAAAGAAAGAUGAGUCGUGGACACUCCCCAAGGCCAGGCGUGCUGCCAAUAGACCAUGAGUGGAGAAUAGUGAUGCCAAAUACUGCAAGAGAGAAUGUAUGGUCCCAUACAAUUGAAACCUGCCUUAAUUAACUAUGUUUGCUAAAUGUUAGGUAUUUAUAUUGAGUAUGUGACCAAAAAUGAAUUGCCAGUUUAACCAAUUUUGUGGUUUGGGACCAUAUUGAACCGUACUGCCCCCAAACCUCCUGUUCUGAAGUUUCAGUGUAUAGUUAUAUGGGUUU